AUGCGCGCUACCAUGAUUGUUGCUUUUGGUACUGCCUUUGCUGCUCCCCUGUUGGCGAGUGCCUUCUCCUUCGAUACUUUUUAUGCCCGUGACUUGGGCAGCCUCCAGUCUCGAGAGCCACAGUUCCAUAUGGCAAGAGAGUGGGACGAUUUGACUCGACGGGAUGUCGAGUACCUCGACCGCCGUGACGACGCGUACACGUACGUCGCACGACAGUUGUACGACCUCGAGCGGCGCGAAGAGUCGCUGCGCAAAUUCGCGCGUGAGUUGCGUCUCGUCUGUCACGUAGAAGGCAGCGAGGACGAACGCGAGGAGAAGGCGUUCUUUAAGAAACUGGAAUCUGACAAGAAGAAGGAGAAGAAGGAGAAGGAGGAGAAGAAGGCGAAGGCGAAGAAGGAGAAGGAGGAGAAGGAGGAAGUGGAAAAGAAGGAGAAAGCAAAACCGUCUCCGAAGCCUGCCACAAAGAAGGAGGCCGAGAAGCAGCCAAACACCAAGGGUAGCUCUCAACAUUUCCAGGGCUGA